CUGAGGAUGGAGCGAAGCCUGUGCAGCGACCACAGAUCGUUACGCGAGAAAAUCAAUCUUACAUCAGAGAAGAACAUAGUGAACAACAUAUCGUGUACCUGUGAGAAGACAGAAAAACGGACAAAUCUUUGUAUCGAAGGAGGAAAACGCGAGGUGAUCAACCUGCUUUCAGCUCCGACGUGCAUCACCAGAGGGACGUAAAGAGUCGCUACAGAUUGUCAUUGAUCUCGCCUUUUUUUAAAGCUUUGACAGCGCCUGGAUGUGUCAUAAAAUCGAGAUUUGUAGUUGGGCAAUAAUGUGCAAUAUGCAUGCUAUGAACUCCGUGUACAUGCAUGCACUGGAGCUUUCUCAGCCCAGAAAUGGUGUUUGUGCUUUAGCUGCCGUGGACUCCUGUAGUAUGUACGGAUUUCUGCAGCCCGUAGCUUCAAGGAGAGGAUCGUUGUGAGAGGAGCAUUUUACAGGAUGACAAUAGUUGCAUUUUGCUGUAACUGGUGCAAUUUUUACAUUAUUAUUUAAAACUGUGACUCAUACUAGAUGUCUCGGGGAUGACAGAUGUGUGCAAACUUAUUUGUUUCAUCUUAUUUGAGCUUUGAUAAGCUUCAGUCUGACAGUCUGGGCUUCUUCUCUGUCUCUCAGCUGGACUUCUCAUUCAGCAGAUCCCACCACAGAGCAGCCCAUGUCAGUCUCCAUCACUCUCUAACUGCCAGGGUUGAGCACUUUUAUGUAUUUUGAUUGUAAAGUAUUUUUUUUGCGAGACAAGAUACGCUUUUUCGCAAGCUUUCAAUGACCACCCUCACCAAAACAGCAACAAUUGAUCACUGUUUUUCGCUGGUGAUGUUAAAAACGGACGACACAACGCCAAGCAUUUCGGUUUAGUAGUAAAUUGACUCGCUGAAAGCCACGCGAGAGUGGUGCGUCUUCUCGCCCUCGUCACCUGGAAACCACAGGAGCCCACGAGACACUACGACAGGUGACUCCGGACACGCGCCAUGGAUGAUUCUGGGAUCAUCCGAAGACGGAGGCUGCAGAAGGAUCUACCUCUGCCGAGGAAAAGUAGCAGCUGCCGAACCAGUAACCGGAAAAGCCUGAUCCUGACCAGUACGUCGCCCACUCUGCCACGGCCGCACUCUCCACUGCCUGGACACAUAGGAAGCAGUCCAUUGGACAGCCCGCGCAACUUCUCACCGAGUGGACCUGCCCACUUUUCCUUCGCCUCUUCUCGCAGGGCUGAUGGUCGUAGAUGGUCUUUGGCUUCGCUGCCUUCCUCAGGAUAUGGCACCAAUACACCCAGUUCAACGUCCUCCAGCUCCUCCCAGGAGCGGCUGCAUCAGCUGCCCUUCCAGCCGACCAUGGACGAGCUGCACUUCCUGUCGAAGCACUUUGGCAGCACGGAGAGCAUCACGGACGAUGACGGGGGCCGGCGCUCGCCGCACGCCCGCCCUCGCUCCCGAAGCCUCAGCCCCGGGCGCUCUCCAUCCUGCUAUGACAAUGAAAUAAUGAUGAUGAACCAUGUCUACAAGGAGCGCUUCCCCAAGGCCACAGCUCAGAUGGAGGAGAGGCUGGCAGAGUUCAUCCACAGCUUCUCUCCAGAGAGCGUCCUGCCCCUGGCCGAUGGGGUCCUCAGCUUCAUCCACCACCAGGUAGCUGAGCUGUCCAGGGACUGCCUGACCAAAUCUCGCGAGGGUCUCAUCACCAGCGUCUACUUCUGUGAGCUGCAGGAUAACCUGGAGAAGCUGCUGAAUGAUGCUUAUGAGCGCUCGGAGAGUUCGGAGCUCACCUUCGUCAUCGAGCUCUGCAAAAAGCUCUUCAUCAUCAUAUCUCGUCCCGCCAGGCUCCUCGAGUGUUUGGAGUUCAACCCUGAAGAGUUUUACCAUCUGCUGGAGGCAGCGGAGGACCACGCCAAGGAGGGACAGCUGAUGAAGGCGGACAUCCCUCGAUACAUCAUCAACCAGUUGGGGCUGACCAGAGACCCACUGGAGGAAAUCGUGAGCCUGAACAGCUACGACAGUGAGGGCCCACAAACUCCAGAGACCGAUGAAGCAGAGCAGGGAAGAGGGCGGACCAUGAAACCACCGAGUGAAGAAGAUUUUCAGAGCAUCAAACUGAUCAGCAACGGAGCUUAUGGUGCCGUCUACCUGGUGCGCCACAGAGAGACACGUCAGCGUUUUGCAAUGAAGAAGAUCAACAAGCAGAAUCUGAUCCUGAGGAAUCAGAUCCAGCAGGCGUUUGUGGAGAGAGACAUCCUCACCUUCGCCGAGAACCCGUUCGUCGUCUCCAUGUUCUGCUCCUUCGAGUCGCGGAGACAUCUGUGCAUGGUCAUGGAAUAUGUCGAGGGUGGAGACUGUGCCACUCUGUUGAAGAACAUCGGGGCUCUGCCUGUGGAGCUGACCAGGAUGUACUUUGCUGAGACAGUUUUAGCCCUGGAAUACCUGCACAACUAUGGCAUCGUUCAUAGAGACCUCAAACCCGACAAUCUACUGAUCACCUCCAUGGGACACAUCAAACUUACGGACUUCGGCUUGUCGAAGAUGGGUCUAAUGAGCCUCACCACCAACCUGUACGAGGGACACAUUGAAAAAGAUGCGAGAGAGUUCCUGGAUAAGCAGGUGUGUGGUACUCCAGAGUACAUCGCUCCCGAGGUGAUUCUCCGUCAGGGCUACGGGAAGCCGGUGGAUUGGUGGGCUAUGGGCAUCAUCCUCUAUGAGUUCCUGGUGGGCUGCGUGCCUUUCUUUGGAGACACUCCUGAGGAGCUGUUUGGACAGGUCAUCACAGAUGAUAUAGUUUGGCCUAAUGGGGAUGAAGCCCUGCCUGCAGACGCCCAGGACCUCAUCUCUGCCCUGUUGCAGACCAACCCUCUCCUGAGGUUGGGUACAGGCGGAGCGUUUGAGGUGAAGCAGCACGGGUUCUUCACCGAGCUGGACUGGAACAGCCUGCUGAGACAGAAAGCAGAGUUCAUCCCUCACCUGGAGUCAGAGGAGGACACCAGCUACUUUGAUACACGCUCAGAUCGGUAUCAUCACAUCAAUACGUACGACGAGGAUGACACCAAUGACGAUGAGCCCGUGGAGAUCAGACAGUUCUCUUCCUGUUCUCCUCGCUUCAGCAAGGUGUACAGCAGCAUGGAGCAUCUGUCUCAGCUGGAGCAGAAAGCUACGACCUCUGUGUCCCGGCGGGAGCACAAGGGCCCGCGGGAUGACAAGGUCACCAAGAGAGAGAGCCUGGGCAGCUUGAGCAUGAGAGACAAGAGCUGGAGGACUGGGUCCCCCGAGAUGAAGCGCCUGUCUUGUUCAGAGUCCCUCUACACGGACGGGGAUUCCAGCCCCCCUCUUGGUGCUCGCCGGCGCUUCUCAGCACUGAUGGAUACACAUCGUUUUGCCUCGCCUCUAGACACUGAGCCUGACUUCCUGUCCCGCCAGGCACCCAUCAGGGUCCGUGGAACCUCCCUGGAUGGGACCAGCGUCCCCUCCCCGAGCCUCCUGGAGCAGAGGAACAGUCUGAAGGAGAUCAACGGAGCAGACAAAUCCCCUCGACAUGGAGAGACCCCAGGAGUCAGCACAGCUAUAGCCAUAUUAUCCUCAGGUCCUGCAGCAGCCGAUCGUGAUGUGAUGACUCCUCUGUGUGACCCUCUGGGGGCCCGGGCCACCAACGACCUGGUCCUCCGCAGGGCGCGCCAUCAGCAGUUGUCUGGUGAGGGAGAUAAAUGCAACUCCAGGGCUGGAAACAAGGUCAUAAAGUCAGCCUCUGCCACAGCCCUGUCCGUCAUCAUACCAUCAGUGGAGCAGCAUGGCGGCUUCUCUCCGCUGGCCAGCCCCAUGUCUCCCCACUCCUUCUCCUCCAACCCCUCGUCCCGGGACUCUUCACCCAGCAGGGACUUCUGCCCGGCCGUCAGCGUGCUGCGCUCCCCCAUCACCAUCCAGCGCUCUGGGAAGAAGUACGGCUUCACUCUCAGGGCCAUCAGGGUCUACAUUGGAGACAGUGACAUCUACAGCGUGCAUCAUAUUGUUUGGCAUGUGGAGGAGGGCGGCCCCGCACAGGAAGCUGACCUGUGUGCCGGUGACCUCAUCACACAUGUCAACGGGGAGUCGGUCCACGGUCUGGUCCACACUGAAGUGGUGGAGCUCAUCCUGAAGAGUGGAAACAAGGUGACGGUGACGACCACUCCUUUUGAGAACACCUCCAUUAAAGUGGGGCCCGCUCGCAAGGCCAGCUACAAGUGUAAGAUGGCUCGACGCAGCAAGAGGACCAUGGGCAAGGACGGCCAGGAGAGUAAGAAGCGUAGCUCCUUGUUCCGUAAGAUCACAAAGCAGUCCAAUCUGCUGCACACCAGCCGCAGCCUGUCCUGUUUGAAUCGCCCCCUGUCCUCCAGUGAGAGUCUGCCUGGCUCUCCAACUCACAGCUUGUCUGCCCGAUCCCCGACGCAGGGCUACCGCUCCACACCUGAGUCCUCAUACCUGGGUGCCUCCUCCCUGAGCAGCUCUCCAGCCUCCAGCACCCCAAACUCCCCCGCUCCCUCUCAGCACAUGAGGCCCAGCUCCCUGCACGGCCUCUCCCCCAAACUCCACCGGCAGUAUCGCUCUGCCCGUUGUAAGUCUGCAGGUAACAUCCCCCUGUCCCCUCUCGCCCACACCCCCUCUCCUACCCAGUCUUCUCCUCCACCGUUGCCUGGCCACACGGUGGGGAGCUCCAACACCACUCAGUCCUUUCCCGUGAAGCUCCACUCCUCGCCACCGGUGGUCCGUCCAAGGCCCAAGAGUGCUGAACCCCCCCGAUCGCCUCUUCUCAAACGGGUGCAGUCAGCAGAGAAGCUGGGCUCGCCUCUGACCCAGUCCAGCUCUGGGGGGCUCGGGGGUCCGCUGAGGAAGCACAGCCUAGAGGUGCAGCACUCUGAGUAUCGUAAGGAUGCUUUCCUCUGUGAGCUCGGCCUCCAGAGCCUGCUGGAGACAGAGGGGGAACAUUUGCCUCAAAAUCCUCCACCCCUGCCCUCAUCCUCUACAAGUCCAGAGACGGGUGUCCUGAAGCCUGUAAGGAGACUAGGGAGACAGGAGUCACCGUUAAGCAGGGAAACACUGCUGGCUGGGAGGGAUAGGGAAGAGAGGGAGAGAGGAAGGGAAAGGGAAAGGGAGAAAGACAGGGCGACUGAUUCAGUCCUGGAGAGAUUGGGUCGGCUUGGAGGAACAUCAUCCCAGUCACCGUUAACAAGAAAACCUCAAACAAGUGAUCUGUCGUUUAGCCCGCAUGCUGGCCAGAGCUCCAGACUAAAUGCAGAAACCACAAAAACUACAACUUCCAGCACCCCUACCAAAACAACAGGAAGUCUAGGUGGUCAUAAGGAACCUGAAAGAAUUCCCCAUAGUCCGUCAGACUUGAAUUCAAAACAGCAAGACUACCAGGCAGCCAAACAUUUUUCACCUUACAGUAGAGAGCCCCAGGAGCAGCUAUGGGGCAGAACUGAACCAAAGCAGGAAGGAGAUAACAGAAACAGGCCUGGUCCGCUUAGUCCCGCCUUCACUAAGAGCUCUGCUUCUACUCCAGAUAAAUCAAUCUCCAUCAACGCAGUGAAAGCAGGUUUUCUCAGCAUGAACAAAACCUUUAAACCACCAGGUAUGGGGGACAGUCUGAGAAAGGCAGGAGCAGAGAGCAUUGACUCAAGGACUCCAGACUUUGGCUCCAAAAGCCCCAAACUCCCAGUUCGCGUUCUCGCUCCAGUCGUCCCCCCACAUGGGCCGCCGCUCUCGCUGGGCAAGGUAAGGCAGGGGCUUGGGCCGGUCAACUGCUACCGGGGAACCCUAGACUGGGAGGACAAAUGUCGUCUGGAGGUGGUGGAGGAGCAUUCGCCUUCCCCCUCUCCCUCCCCGACUUCUGUCGCCCCCUCUCUCUGCGGACCUUCCCUCUGUAAGUCCAGGCCUGUCUCCCCCGGUGAAAAGACGAGCUUCGUCAGCCAGCUGACCACUGUGGCCAAAAAUGUCCUCGGGCCAAUCAAGCUUGGCUCCCAGGAAUCGUCCAAGAGCAAAGACCUGCAGACUAAAGCAGCCGAGGAGAGGCAUGGAGGCUCAGCAGUAAAGUCUGACACUCCUGCAGGAGGUCGAGGGGCUUCGGUGGUCACCCAGAGUCCAGCUGGUUCAACACUAGAGAGGGCUGCAAAAGGUAGCAGCCAAUCAAAAAUGUGACCAAAUGGGACUUUAAAAGAGUAAAAGGAAAGAAAAUAUGCCUUUUUUUUUGGAAUAACAAUGUAAUAGAAGUCAAGCACUUAAAAACAAUGUACAUUCCAGUGACAGAGUAUAUAAAAUGUUAUUUAUUUAUUCCAAUCAUUGACUGAUUCUAACUUAAAACCAGGAGAAAAAUUAUCUACUGUUAAGGUGCAUUAUCUGUUGAUUUUCUAUUUUAAAGUAUUUAAUAAGAAGACUCUUAAUGUAAUGUGGAACACUUUAUCAGAUGUAUAUGUGUGUGGGUCUAUGUGAAUGCAUGUCCUAUGGUAUGUACUGUACAUCUAUUAAAGGUACAAGAAGGUCAACAAGUGCUUUACCGAUCAAAACAUGCUGAAAACUGUGAAUACCAAAUCCAGUCACUCUAUUUGUGUCUUUCAAGCUGCCCUUUUUCAAUGUACUGCUUUUCAAACAGGACAAUGAUGAACUGAGUCACAGUCCAAUUGUAAUUUUGCAUCAAGCUACAGAAAUGACACACUGCCUCAGUUUGGCUACAGCGGGGUAAACAUGAUAAAGCUCAUUUCUUCUUCAUCCAGCAGUUUACUGAGUUACUGUGCACGGUCAGACAAAUCCAGAGCAGGCCCACUGUCACUGGAUGUCACGUCAAGCACUGUCCAGCUCUGUCUGUCGCAUGGGAUUGUGUGUAUAUGUGUGUUUGUGUGUGUAUGAAGCCACCUUGGGUCUAUUUCUGGUGGUUCUUGAAGGCUGUGUCCGUCUGCAUAGGAAAGCGAGUUUGACAGUGCUCAGGCUCAGCGCUUAUCUCCCCUUUGCAGGAGGGCUACCACAGCUCUUUUCUCCCCAUGCCUCUGACUGCAGCCGACACACAAACACAUGUACACACACACACACAUUGCCACAGGAGGCAGCAAUGUCAGCAGCUAAUUGUCAUGCAUUCAAACCCAUGCUCCAUGAAUUGGGACGUGAGUGUGUGUGCGAGUGAGUGACUUAAGAUGUGUGUGAGAACGUGUGUCUUUUUAAGCGGCAAUAACACUCAGCAAGGGCCAUCAUAACUGAAAGAAAACUGGCAGCAGAUCCAUCCAGUAAACAGUUACAGGCUUCACUGCUACUUUGUUUACAAACCACGCAGUGAUAACUUAUGUGGAUAUAUUAAAAGGAUUGCAAGCACAUAUUGGGUGGAUUCAUAUGUUGUUUUGAGCCAAAACAGGAAAAUCAGGCAGUCAUGGAUGUAGCAUACUGUAUUGUGUUUGUUAAAGGGCUCUUUAGCUAAGGUAGGGGUAGUGGAUAUGGGCAUGGUACUGUAUAUCAAACAAGUUUAUCUGCAUUAUAAUCAGAAUGACUGUAUCGUGUUAGGUAGUCAAGAUUGAUUCAUGUAACGCUCACAUUGUAACAUACUGACAAAGAUUUGCUGAAAAGUAUAAAAUGUUCUCCUGACAAACAACUUGUGCUCUUCUCCCACUGUUGUAUUCAUAUCCUUAGUAGUUAAUUCUCAGUAACCAUCCAUUGUACAUAAUCUUAUGCAAAUCAAUUACAGAUGUGGUUACGACUGCUGUCACUAAACUGCUAAUAGCUGAUUUUUUGAAGGAAGUAAAUCUGUCAAAUUAUUUAAUCCAUCUUUGAUUUGAUACCUCACUCUGUGACAGUUAUUUAUUAAAACAACUUUGAUUAUUUGAAGGUCUACAAAUGUAAACUGAUUCAACCAACAACAGCAACUUCACACAGAGGAAGAAGUUAAUUGACUGGAAUUUGUUUUUAAGUCCAAAAGGAAAAAAGUCUAACAUUUGUUCCCAAUCUGUUUUGCUAUGCUGGGAGCAGUUGCUCAUAAUUUCGUUUUUUAUUUGUUGGAAAAACUGAAACAAAGAGCUGGAUGUGGCUAAUAGCUAUUCUAUUCUGUGGGAAGUCGAUUUGGCUGGUCUUUUUACAUUCGUAGUUUUUAUUUAAAAGAAGGCUGUUAGCAAUUUAUUCUUGAAUCUAACAAUGUUUGAGGUACCAAUCUUUUGACAUGAGAAAGUUCCGGCCAUGCACUAACCAUUUCUUUUUGUGUGGCAUUGUACACUACUGCCCUCCAGUGGACAACAUAUCGACUAUUAAACAUGUUUCCAUAAAAUGUUCUUUUUAGUAAUCAAGCCAAGACCACCAAAAUACUGCAGAAUGGACUUUAUUAGCCAUAGGGUUACUGAUUAUGCAUUUGUUUUAAUGACAAAAUAUUUGCAGUUAUUAUCAAAUGGACACUUGAAACAUGGAUGAAUUCCCUUUCUGUUGUUGUGUUCUUCGCGUGACUGUUAAUUGUAUCUUCUGGAAUAGGGAUUAACAUUUUUAAUAUAAUAUACUGUCUUAUAUAUUCUACUGAUAGGACGCAGUUCUUUUUUUAUCUUGAUGUAAUAAAUGAGUCAUCAGGUCAGCUCUGAUCACCUGAUUGGAAAAACGAACUGUAAUGUAAUCUUAUACAGCUAUUAUGCCCUCUUUCAGGCCUUUUCCCAAUCAAUGAUGUCUAUGCUAGUGUUACAUGUUUGAGAUUUUUUUUUGUGAUUGACAGCGAUAGUAGUAUAAAUGCACUUUAUUUGAAAAGGAAAUCUUCAUUUGCUGGUAUUGUUUGUAAGUUAUUUUGAAGAAAAAUAAAAUAUACUGUAUACAUAUAUGGAUUCUACAGUAUAAAAAGCAUUCCACAUUUCUCUGUUCACUGAAGUGUAUUUAUUUGUACCAUGAGGCAUUUUGUUUAUGAUAGAUGUGAUUCAAAUGCAGACACCUGAAGUGCAGUAUGUGGAAUAAAAUUCUGAGAUU